GCAUGAUACAAAACAUUGUGUGCUUGUAAAUUGUGUUUUUUGGGACCAAUUUAGAUGAAAUCACUCCAUCGGCUAUGGGUGAAUCGGUGCAUGUUGAAAUACAACCGGAAGUAACGUCUGCGAGUGGGUAAUUUGAACUUUUAGCUGAAUUUAAUGUAUAGUGAGUGAAGGUAGUGAAAAUCAUUUGUUGCUUCGAAGUUUCCACGAUAAAGGUGGAUAUUCUGUGUUCCGCGGGUGCUAUGUGUUUGUAGUCGCAGGUAGUGUAGUGUGUCCGUCAGAGGAAGGGGUGUUGAAAGGCAAUAUAGCACGGAGAGGCUGCUACUACUGGUGGCUUAGUGUUUUAUUUUGUCUGUGCUUAGAGUGUGAGUAGGUUUCUAGUACAGGGUAGUUGCAGGGCGAGAACGACACAACGAUCUUCAAGGAUUCUUCAAGGACUACUUGGAACUAAGUGCAACCUGCUUUUCUAUCGCUACUGCAGCAGCGCCCCGAAAGCCGUCACCGUCAAAGUGAAACAAAACUCGACACCAUACUAAGCACUGCCGUCGCCGUAUCAGUAUCUGUAGUAGAGCGUCCCUGUCGGCUGGCGUCGGAUGGAGUAAAACGUCAGCCGACCGACAAAUGAGACGGCGAGGACUGCUGCGGAUACUUCUUGCAAAUUAGUGUCUUCCUCUAUCUUGUUUGCUGCGGCGGAAAUUGAUACUGCGAGUUGGCUCUCGGUAGCAAUAACACGUAUACAGCGAGUUUGGAGUGGUUUCAGCGCGAUGUGAAGGGAAUGUGUACCUACAACCGACGAACCAACCGGCAGAACUUGCAGCAACCCGUGCAGUAGCAAUAGCGAUCACAACAAAAACUGUCGGCGGUAGUUAACGUAAUUACUGCCAGGUAGCCAGCGACCGAUCAUCCAAAAACAAUCCGAAAGCAGCCAAGCGCGGAAGCCAUCAAUAAUGACUUCACCGGCCGACGGCUAGACCCACAAUCAUCUUCUAAAGUCUACCUGCAAGCCUGCAUAUAAGGGCAUCGUCAUCGUUAGCGCACCGAGAAUCGCCAGAACCCACUCGCGAUGUCAGAGACCACAUCCAACCAUCGGCGGUCGACCUCGUUUGCAACGAUGCCGCCGGUGCUGACCGACAGCCAGCAGGGUUCAAUUGAGGACAUCCAGAUUUCGCUAGCGCCGUACAUCCAGAGCUACCUAACGCAAACCGGCCGGCGGCACUCGUGCUGCAGCGUGAUGCUCCCGGUAACGUUCGAGCGGGCUGCCCCGCGGUCCUGCUUCGAUCCACGCUUUGAUUCGCCGGUUCUGGAGGGCCAAUAUCAGGCCAGUGUGUUCCCGCAGAUACGGCUGAAGUUCAGAUUCGCUCUGCUAUACAUCCUGCUUUGCUCGCUGGUGUGGUUGCUGUACUUCCUGUUCGACGGUGGACCAACGCGCUAUUCCCUGCUAACGAUCGCGAUCGGUCUAAUUCUCGUGUUCGGCCUAGUCGGCAUGUGGCUGACGCACACCGAUAUCUAUCGAGCCUAUACCAAUGCCAUUAGCUUGUGCUGUGCGAUUUUGCUCUGCAUGUUUUCGCUGUUUCUGCUGCUGUUUACGGGCGACGCACUCAGUCCGCUGGGACAUUUCUCGAUUUGUAUCGAAAUAGUGAUGCUGAUCUACACGAUAAUUCCGCUGCCCCUAUGGAUGUGCUGCAGCAUCACCGCAGUAUACUCAGUGUGUUUUGAAGUGCUAUCAUACUUUCAUCAGACGCAUUAUAAUCAACCAUCCGAUGUCGAAACGUUGGACUCAAAAAACCUUGUGUACAAAAUUGUAGCAAUUCGGGUGUUGCUUCAACUCUGUGUGCACCUGCUUGGAGUACACAUCCUCAUUAUGACGAUAGUCCGAAUGAGAGGCACGUUUAUGAAGGUGGGACAGAACCUGCUCGUGCGGCGACAGCUGGAGAUGGAGAAGCAGUUGAAAGAGAAGAUGAUUCAUUCGAUGAUGCCUCCGAAGGUGGCCGACCUGCUGCUGAAGGAGAGUGGGAGUGUCGUUAAAGGCAUGAGCUUCGAUCAAUGCGCGCCACCUCCGAAACGCUCAACACCUCCGGAUCUGAAGAGCUUAUUUCGACCUUUCCACAUGAAUAGCAUGGAGAAUGUAAGCAUUCUUUUUGCCGACAUUGUAGGGUUUACUAGGAUGUCCUCCAACAAGACGGCCGAACAGUUGGUGGAGAUAUUGAAUGAUUUGUUCGAGCGUUUCGAUGAUUUGUGCAUGAUCAACGGGUGCGAGAAAAUCUCCACGCUAGGAGAUUGCUACUACUGUGUUUCGGGUUGUCCGGAACCAAGGCCGGAUCACGCCAUAUGCUGCGUGGAUAUGGGCCUGGGAAUGAUCCAGUCGAUACGAGUGUUCGAUGCCCAGCGGCAUGACGGUGUAAAGAUGCGAGUUGGAGUUCACACGGGAACGGUGCUUUGUGGAAUCGUUGGAACCAAACGGGUAAAGUUUGAUGUGUGGAGUAACGAUGUGACAUUAGCAAACAAGAUGGAAUCCAGCGGCCGUCCCGAUCAGGUACACGUUUCAGAGGAAACCUGUAGUUUUCUAGGCGACUCCUACAUUAUCGAAGAGGGCGACGAAGUUGACGGUCACCGCACGUAUUUUGUUUUAGGCAAAAAACAAGAUCUGAUUAGUUCGAUUACGGAAGGCUUGUCAAGCAUUGGUAUUCCGGGAGACUGCGGUAAUCUUUUGGGCCAUUCACCUAUGGAAACCGGCAACUUCAUACGUCACCAUACUGCCGGUGGUGGUGGUGGUGAUGGUGUAUCGCCAUCGGUGGCAACAGAUGGUAUUUCACAGAGCGCCACCAACCUGUCAACCAUUCAUCCGGCUGUUCCCCCAGCGUCACCGGCGGGACCAGUUUCGACAUCGCUGAAUCCAUCACCAGUUUCCAGUCCGAGGCCUCGGAUAGCGUCACUGUCGAAAGUGACUAAAUUUUUAAAGGGUAAACAAUACAACCACCGAGGGGAGGCAGAAAAACCGAAAAUAUUUGUAAGCACAAAAUCGAUGCCAAAUGGGAUCGAUUCAGACGAGGGUGAGGAGGAUACCGGAAUGGUGCACAUAGUAAAUGAAAAAGGGUCAAAGUUUAGGAGUUGGAAGGUAAGCAAGUUAUUGCGAAAAAUAGAAUCGCCAGCUGCUGGCGGUGGUCAAGUGACCUCACCUCUGUCUCCCACCGUGGAGUCGGGAAACAAAGACUGUGAUACUAGUAGAAAAAGUGAAGAAGUGCCAUGUGUAAUAGAGCAGAGCAGUAGUGCAACCGGUGGCUACCAGCAGUUACCAAUCGUGAUUGUAACACCGAGACCGAGCAGUCACACGUUAGACGUUUCGGGCUGUUCGAUCCACGGGAGUGUACAAUCGCGCGAACGCGAAGGCUCCAAAUCGCUUAGCGUCGGAGGGGCAGGAGUUGAUGAUCGACAUUCCAGCCUUAGUCAGAAUUCCGUGUUUGAUGAUAUAAUCGAUGUGCGAUCAUACAUUUCCCAGAGUCGUAGUGAUAUUUCCCCAUUCGCUCGAUCCGGCAGCUAUCGGUCGCAGUGCGAGAAAGCUUCUUUGGUGACGGAAGCAUUUGGUGGAAGACCUCGAAGUUCGACAAUAGCUGUUAAUAGUAGAAACAGUUCACUCUGUCAACCUGGCAGGUUACUGUGCGAUGGAGCUAGUCUGUGCCCUUCGGCGACGUCUCGAAAAGAUUCAGGCAUUCGUUCGAACAGUAGGCGAUCGAGCAUCCAACAACAAAUUAUGCUAAUGAAUCAAAGUGCUGCACUAUCCGCUCAUCGAGUGUCUGGUUAUUUUACCAGUUCACAAUCUAGUCUUUCCGCAGUGGUCGGUGCUGCGGUCUCUACCUGCACGGAACCAGUAAUAGCACUGAAAUCUAACGGUGACGUAAACGAUCUCCGGUGCGUAAUUAAGGAGCACCAUCCUGAUCCGCUGGCAGCGUGCCUGCAACAGCUACGUAAACAAUCCGAUCUUCAACUUAUCCGCUGCGUACGUGACAACGCACGCAGCCAACGAAGUUAUCUCGUGAAACCACCUCUCCUCCCAAUCUCACUUCGGUUCAAAUCUCGCCAGAUGGAGCACGAAUUCCGAUCGAAGGCUCACCGCUUCGGCAAUGAGUCUGAACUGGAGGGCGGUCCGCCAACACUCGCCACUCCCAAGUACAACACAUACAUAGACAUUCUCGUUUCUUUUCUAAUCUAUCUAGCAACAUCCACCUCCCUGUUUCUUCUGUCUCCUUCGGCAUACUUGGAAUCGUACAAGAUUUGGGUUUGUAUUUUUGUUACUUUCAGCGCAGUUCAAUUGUUUGCUUUAUUUAUUUGCACCAAACAGGUCUGUCGGAGGACACACAAACCUCCUCGCUCAUCUCGAAUACCAGCGGAUCGUAGCUGCUAUGACACAGUCCUUAGGCUUAACUGGUAUCCGUGGCAUAUUUGUGGUGCCAUUCUCAUGUCUUUUCCGGUCGUUUCCAUUCUGACGAACUUUGCAAUGAUGGACGUCAGUAAAUUUCGAAUUUUCGAGUUUCAUUACGGCUUUCUGAUGUUCAUUUGUGUGAUUCAUUUUUGCAAUUUCACUCAGCUGAACUGUUGGAUGCGCAACUGCCUGGCGUUGGUAACGUCCACCGCGUUUAUUGGGAUUGCCGUUGGCCAUAUGUGGGAGUUGAAACAUACGGCAUUCGCCGAUGGUAACGAUACGGUAACGAAUAGGACGACAGGGCUUAGUUCCAACCAGUUGCAUCAAGCUCAGUUCGAUUGGUUUAACGAUUAUAGGGUCGAAAUAUAUAUGGAUUUGCUUCUGCUGUUGGUUCUGGUUUGGUUUUUGAACCGGGAGUUCGAGAUUAGCUAUCGGUUAAGCUUCUACGGUAGUGCCGUGGCAAAUCAGGAUAAGAUUCGGGUGCAGAACAUGAAGAACCAGGCGGAUAUGUUGCUGCAUAAUAUCAUUCCGAAACACGUUGCGGAACAGUUGAAGAAUACGGCCAAGUAUUCGGAGAAUCAUCGCAAUAUAGGGAUUAUCUUUGCCAGUAUUGUCAACUUCAACGAGAUGUACGAUGAAUCUUAUUUGGGCGGGAAAGAGUAUCUGCGAGUACUUAAUGAGCUGAUUGGGGAUUUUGAUGAAUUACUGGCCCGGGCAGAGUUUCGGUGUGUGGAGAAGAUUAAAACUAUCGGUAGUACGUUUAUGGCGGCAUCCGGAUUAGAUCCGAGCUGUCGAGGAGAAAAUUAUGAGCAUCUCUACACGUUGGUAGAUUUCGCCAUCGCCAUGCAGCAGGUGGUGGACUCGUUCAACCGUGAUUUGCUGGAGUUUAAUUUGAUCAUGCGAGUUGGAUAUAACUUCGGCGACGUAACAGCUGGCGUGAUUGGUACGAGUAAGUUGUACUACGAUAUCUGGGGCGAUGCAGUUAAUGUGGCUUCUCGUAUGGAUUCCACCGGGGUUCCCGGGCGGAUACAGGUUGGCAGUGCUUGCGUACCUGUGCUCUCCGAACGGUACAAUUUCGAGCCUCGAGGAAAAGUGUACGUUAAGGGAAAGGAUCACAUGGAAGUGUACCUGCUGGUGGACAAGAAACCAGAUCUGCUGGGGCCUCUUGAGUUAGAUAUCGAUCCGCUGUAGGUGGGCAGUGUUACGAUUUGCGGAAACGUGCGAUGAGUUCUUCUCUUGCUGGAAAAUUUCGGUGGUCGAUGUUUAUUCAUCUAGUUAAGCAACGAAAGUUUUUAUUUAUUCUUCACUAACUAAGUGAGCUCCCCCAGCGCUCAAACCGUUAGACGCCUCAUUUCAGAAAUCCCCUUCUUGUCAUUUACCAUUUGUCUUUUGUCGAUCCGGAAACUUGCGUACUGCAAGAGAAACACGGUGUAUUCUCGUCAUUGGAGCUCCCCCAGAUCAGAGAUCUCCCUCUAUUGUCUAUCUCUACCAUGCUAAUUCCUUUGUGUCAAGGAAUAUAUAUUAUUCCAAGUAUAAUGAUUAACCCGCCGGGCGUUCCGGAGUUGUGGCGAUGAGUAUAAACUCACAUUGACUUUGAUAUAUUAGAUUUUUAAAGUUGACAGAAUUCUCUUCAAUUGUAACGUAGGGUGAGCUGAUGCCACCAUAAACGUCUUAGCCAAAAAAAUCGAUGCGUCUGUUCUUCUGGGGGAACGGUCCAAAAUAAUCUAUUCCAGAUAAGCGGCUGGAGAUUGAGUGCCUCGCCGGUUAUACCCUAGUUGGCCUGCCCGUUGCAAGGCUAACCAUCGUUACCCUAGAAAGGUUCUUCUCCUUCAACUUUAACAGUCUAGAGCGGGAUUGGCUCGCGUUGCAUCAAGAACUCACUUCACUCGGUGUUGGGACUAUCUGUCACCAAUUUCCUGACGGUCUCGAUACUCGCAAAUCGGUUUCGACCGAGUUGAGCCGUUUAGCCUGUCUAUUUCUUGUACCGAUGGGGUCCUUGAAGAGAACAGCGACGUGACCGGCCCACCGUAGCCUUUCGACUAAAUGAACUUAGGUAGUUACUAUUGAGGUACUACCAUUGUUGCACCGUAAAUAGAAAAUAUACAGUAAACCUUUAUUCAGCAAAAUUGUAGAUAAUAACUAGUUCUACAAAUGUCCCUCAUUCAACUUUGUCAAAUUUUGCUCGGCUGAGACGGUACUGUCAAAUGAAUCAAAGUUGAGUCAAAGUGAUCGAACCAUCCCUGUCUUGCACAUAUACCAAGGUAAGGAAUUCGACGUGCAUCAAUACUUAGUGGGAGUAUGCCUAGGCUCAAAACGAUCGACUGUAUGCCAGUUGUGACAGAGCCUAGUUCCAUGGUUUCACAUCAAGCAGCUAUGGAACCUUUAAGAGAACUCGAAAUGGCUCUACCCACUGCAAAGAAGUUCUGUGACAUCGGCGCUAGGAGUAAAAACGACCGAAACGACUGAUAUGACGAGGAAGGCGAUGCAGCAGUGGAAGAGAAAAACCACAAAUUGAAAGUUCACACAAUUACAAAGAGGAAUUGGACUGUGAAUACGACCAAUGCCCAUAACAUGGCCUCAAGAUCGUUAUUGGGAAUUGCGACGUUCAAGUUGACCAAGAAGACGAAUACGAACCGGUGACUGGAGGUUUCAGCGCACCAGCGCAUCAGCUGAUCAACGAAAUAGGCCUAAACCGCCUCCAAGAAUAUGGCGGUACGUAGUACUUUUUUCCAUCACUAAGCAGACAGAAACACAUAUCGACCACGUUUUGGUUAACUGCUAACACUUCUCAGGCCCUCGAUAAUUCGGAUCCUACCGUAGCGCUAACGUUGACGCCCAGAACUCCCUGUUGUGCAUUCGGUACCGAUACCAGUAUCGGUUAAGUUUCACGUGGAGCACCAGUUUGCGGUUAAAGCUCUUCUGCCGGAACAGAGAUGAGCUGGACAAAGUCUCUCUCGAGGACUGUUGGAAUACCAUCAAAACGACCAUUAAUAGCGUACCAUAGGACAUUCUCAGGCACGUGGAACGGAAUCAACAGAACGACUUGUAUAAGAGUGACAGAUGAGGUAAAUGAUACGUAGUGCGUGCUAGUCAUCAGAACAUAGCAAAUCACAGACAGAAGAAGAUACAGCCAACCCUGAAUUCUAGGAGGAAAAGCGCUAACUGGAGGAAGACGAUCUCGAUCUCGACGAACUGGAGGAAGACGAUAGUCGGUUGCGAAGUCUGUCGAUAAAGAAGGGUCUAGUCCUCAACAGGACGUCUAUACCCAUGGCUUUGCUUUGCUUUUGGAGAAAGACGACUGUUGUAUGACUGUUGUAGAUUUGAAGCCGCUGCAUCAUCAGAAAACACAUCUCGUAAAAGCUUUGUGCUGCGAGCCGAAAUGUGGCAAGAUUAGUAUUGUAGUUAUGCUGACGGACGAUGGCUAGGUGAUCGGUGGGAGCAGCACUUCGACGAACACCUGCAUGAUGCUCAGGCAGAAGCUCAUGAUAGCGAGGAAAGUAAUUUCGUCGAUACGAUAAAUGUGGAGUAGGUGCCAGACCCAACGUACGUACGUACGGCUGGGCUGGAUGGCAUUAGAGAAGGCCCAAAAACGGCUGCCAUUUGUCUGCACCGGCUGAUUGUAGAAUUUUUGGAUACAGAACAGCUAGCAUAGGAUUGGAGGGAUGGUGUUAUUUACGCCACAAAAAAGGCGAUAAAGUAGACUGCGAGAGCUAUCGUUCAAGCGCCGUUCUCAAUGCCGCCUACAGAGUGCUCUUCCAAAUCAGCUUGCACCUUACUAACUUCUAACAGCAAAUUGAUGGGAUGGCUCUUGCUGUAUUAUGAAUUCCUCUCCAUCUAACACGUUGGACUCCUCUAUUCCUAGCAUCGGUUGGAUUUUUGAAAAAAAAAAACAGGUUUUACUACACAGUCAUCCGGUAUCCUUGCGACGUGGCUGAUCCAUCGUAGUCUCCCAACUUUCGGCAGGUGUACGAUGGGAAUCUUCAAGUAGUGUGUCUGCAGCGUGUGGUUCACACACCUGUUGUUCAAAUACGGCAAGUGCACGUAUGCAAAGUUACAGUCUCAAAUCCGAAGAGAACUAUCAGUCUGAUUAGCGUUUUGUACAUCGUCAGCUUUGUGCAGUGGCAUAUGUUUCUUGAUCGAAGCCUUGCAGAGGGAAAAGUAGGCCCGACUUCCAACUUGAAAGCGUCGUUGAGUCUCCUCGUACUAUUGUCGACGGUGACCAGAGUUCAUUCCAGUUUAUCACCGUCAACAGUCACUAUCCGUGGAAGGCGAACGUGGUUUUCUCUGGAGCAUCUUCUUACCAAAUAUUUGGAUUUCGACGCACUAAUUUGUAGCCCAAUGCUCCUAGUCCCAUCUUGGAGUUCGCCUAUUCCAACCAAUUGCAAACAAAUUUGUGGAAAUUUAUCGUCGAAGCAGUUCAUAAUGGGCCAAGUAUUCAUACUCCGGCAGGUUCUCCACAAAAACCGUGACUAGAUCGACUUUAAAGCUGCGUUUGAUACCGUCUACCGCAAACAACUAUAGAAAAUCAUAAUCAAGAACAAUUUUCCGGUAAAGCUGAUCAGACUGAUUAAGGCACAAUAGACGGUACGCAGUGCGCGUAUUUCGGGGGGAUUACAGAGUUCAGUGAAAUCCCACAGUGGCUUCCGUCGUCAAGGUGCUGAUUUCAAAUGGUUGCUGUUCAACAUAAUGCUCAGGGUAUUACAAAUCAACCGGUUAUUAAUACAUGCGGCCCGAUCAUCAACGGAUCUAGUCAAUUCGUCUGCUUUGCCGUUGACAUGGACAUUGUGGACUGUAUAUCUGCGGCGGUGGCUGAUCAGCACACCAGACCAAGAGCACAGCAAGCAAGCAAGCAGUUGGUAAGAUCAGUCAAAGCGAGAUCUGGAGCUGAGUACACAGCAUCUAAGAAAUUGGACAGCAGUAAGAUAAUUCAAGGAAAACAAUCUAGUCUCUUAUCAUUCUGGAUUCUGCCGACAAUCAGUCCAAAACCUAGUUGCGAGACGACUUGAUACAGCACGAUGCCUUGUUUUCUAAAUGUGGCAGAGUAUGUUUAUUACCUUGGGCAGGGAUGGCCAAACUGCGGCCCGCGGACUGGUUUGAUAGAUGGUGGACGGAAACUUUAGGUUAAAUUUAUUAAUGUCAAAAGUCAUUUUGGGCAGCGGGUCUAUUGAGGAGAUCUGCUUUAGCCUGCAUUAUGCUUAUACCGUGACCACCACUAAAGUAUCCAUCUGGCCGAUGAGAAUCUUAUCUUGGUUGUGGUCGACGAGAGCCGUUCACAUGGGGACAGACGUUGUCUAUGUUACCCCUACACAGAAAACUUUGCCCAGAGAGUGGUCAGAACACACUCAUCUACCAUUUCUCCUCCGAUUUCAUUCUAGCGUCCGACUUCCCAAAGUUUCUGGUUAUGAAGUCGAUUUCCGCUUGGGAAUUACUAAGGCAUGUCUACGCGUGCUUUCCAAAUAAAGCGCCUUCGGUUUCGGUGUAUGCCGCAGUCAAAAGCACCGAAUUAGUAAAUUGCACGGCACGUAGAUUGGAAUAUUCUUAGUUGUACCUUUCUAGGCUCUCAUAAAAACAAUGGUUUUUCAUACUCAAAGGAGGAAUGCUAUAACAAAUAUGGUACCUAUUUAACCCCUCUUCGCAGCCGCUUCUCUAACGGGAUUGUAAAGACCAAAGGGUUUGUUUCUGGGACAAUAAUUAAAUCGUUUCCACAUUCAAUAACUCUCCAAAAAACCUAUCGUAGACGUGGCAGAGGUGUUAAAAGUGGAGAUAUAGGGUGAGCUGAUGUAAACUGUAAGUAGUAGCAAUUUUUUAUUGUUCUACCAAAAAUAUGAAGUUUUAUCAGAGUUUUAUUUCAUGAAGAUCCGCUAUUUCUGAUUAUAUUUGGUGGUGCCAAAAAAUGUAAAAUCAAUUCUCAAGUUAAUCAAAACCAUUUUUAUGUACUUGAUCUCAAAAAUACGGGUACAGAAAACGUAAUUCCAAUUUUAGUGUCAUGAUCAUUUUUGUUUCGUAAAGAGAGGAUGUGUUUAUGUGCUGUUUUUAAUCUGGUGGAAAAGUAGCUGCUUUUGUCGCACGAAUUUUCUAAACAAAAAUAACAUCCAACAUUGAUUUGAUAUAAUUUAUAACAAAUAAAUGUAGAUUUUUUUAACAAAUAUCCUUCUUGCCACUAGAAUAUUAGUAGACUAAACGAAGAAAAAACAAUAAACUAGAACCCAUUUUUCUCAGUGUAAGUAAUAUCUAUACAAAUUCCUAAAUAUUUUAAAAAUUAAAUUAAUAACAGAUCUACAAUUGUGCUGGAUAUAAAAAAACAACAAAAUA